UGAAGAAAAGACAAACUCGAUAAUUUCUAAAGCAAUYGAAUCACUUUGUUCUACUGAACUGAACGUUAUUCAUCUCGAAGCUCGACAGUCUUGACACAACACAAGGGAGUACAUAACUGUACCGAAGUCCCGACAAUUAACAUGCAUAUCUUGUCUYGAACUGAGGCGUCAAGAGAAACUCUCCUAUUGUUAUGCAUAUUUCAAGGCUGUUGUGUGGUUUAAACGACAAAACAUCCCCACUGGUGCGCUGGCAGUAAAACUAAAGAAUAUUAUAAACACUAAUCAUCAAAUGAAGUAAGCUUUCUUGUUUUACAAAAUGCUGUGAAUUCGGAGAUAUCGGAUUUGGGAAUUUUCUUGGAGGUGGCAAUCCUGCUUUAUUUUCCGAUUCAAGUCGAAAAAAUUCUCUUGGAUUUGACAGCCAUCGCCAAGAACUCCCCCGCUACACCACAAGCCAAGGUAAAGAUGGGGCUCUAAUGUCCUGAUAAAUCGACCUUACGUUGAAACCGGCGUGGAACCGAGAAGCCAAGAAGUUAGAGCAAGUUUACAAGACGGACUGAACAUGUGGCGAAUCACUACAAGUCGAAAACUCGCUGAGUUUCCCGACAUGAGACAGGACUCUACUUCAUGGAGAUAUGAGCACAAGAUGUCAUCACAGGAUCGUGACCACCUUGACCUUGGUCCCACCCCAGAUAGUCCCAUGAUGCCUGGCAGUAAUGUUAAUCUAUUUUGCCCGCUGUGUCACGAGAUGUACGCGAACCCGCGACUGCUGCCUUGUUUGCAUACCUUCUGUAAACGUUGUCUUGACAACAUGGUGCCACCUCGAUCUCACAGCUUGACUUGUCCUUCGUGUCGGACAGACAUCCCUCUUGGGGAAAGAGGGACAAACGGUUUCCCACCUAAUUUCGUCGUUACGACCAUGAUUGACGUGGCCGCUUUACGUAACCAUGAUCAAAAGCCAAUCCUGUGUAGCAGUUGUGAGGACAAGCUUCCAGCAGCAGCAAGGUGUAUUGAAUGCAUGGAUUUUUUGUGUUACGACUGUCGGAAUGCUCACAUGCGGCUAAGGCUUACUAAAUCCCACAGGGUUAUUUCCAUAGAAGAACUUCGUUCUAAUCCUCAUCCUGAAGACCUCCUUCAUCGUCCAAUAUGUUGCUCAGACCACGGCCAAGAAAAACUAAGAUAUUACUGUGAGACGUGCGAGCAAGCCAUCUGCAGAGAGUGUACAAUGACAACGCAUUCCACAGGCAACCACAAGUACACCCAGUUAACAGAUACCAUCGACAAGCAGACUUCAUCCAUCACCCAGCUUGUCGACAAGCUACGAAGAAAAAUYCCUGUGGUUGAACAGUCUACUAAAGACGUCGAGGAAGUCACUUGUCGGCUAGAAGCUAGAGCUGAGGUUGCUAAGUCAGAGGUCCAGAAAUGCUUCCCACGGAUUCUCAAGAUAUUGCAAGAACGAGAAAAAGGCAUGAUGAAUGAAGUGGAGACUAUCGUACGAAAGAAAUCAAGCGUACUGAGCUUACAGCAGGAGAGACUAGAAAACGAGCUGAAGAAACUGAAUAUCACCUGUACAUUUACUGAGCAAGUUCUCCGACACGGCAACUCAGUAGAAAUUCUUGUUGUCAAAAAGCAGUUAUGCGAAAGACUCAACGAACUCAUCACUACAAAGUUCCAAGGCGACCCAGAAGAAAACGACACGAUUUACUUCGUAGCCAAUCAGGAUGAAGUAAUCAGAGCGAUCGAGACUCUAGGAAGUAUCAAAACUAGUCAAGCCUUUCCCAACAUGUGUUCUGUUACUGAUGGUCAGACGCGCGCAAUCAAAGGAAGAAACUCGAAAUUUACUGUACAGACACGUGAUCACAUGGGUAACCCACUCACUGGCGGCGGUGAAGACGUGAUGGUUGAUGUGUACGCGGCAGACGGAAGGACCGUACCCGCAGAAGUAAGACUUCAAAAACGACUUGGUUCAAUUGGUUCAGAUGAAUCUUCCAUCACCAGGCGUCUCAUUCAUCAAACCACAAAUGUUGAUGACCACAGAAAUGGUUCGUACGGCGUGUCGUACACGCCACAGUCCAGUGGGAUGCACAAGGUGAAGGAUAGAGAGGUCUCCGUUACCGUGCGCGACAAACACAUCCAGGGAAGCCCCUUCAAAGUCAACGUUACCAGUGGCCCAGACACGUUCGUGAAGUUCGGCAGAAAAGGCUCCGACAUUGGCGAAUUCAAUGGCAUAUUUGGUGUGGCUGUAGACGACGAGAGUCGAAUAAUCGUGACCGACUGCCAUAAUCACCGUGUACAGGUCUUCAAUGCCCAGGGCGGGUUUAUGUUUCAGUUCGGUCGUAAAGGAGACGGGAAUGGCCAGUUUCAAUGCCCAACUGGUGUGGGUAUUGAUCCAGAAGGAAGGAUAGUUGUUUGCGAGCGAUUGAGUUCUAGAAUACAGUUAUUCGACCGUGAUGGAAUGUUCCAGCACAAGUUCCAUGUUCCUGACCUGAAGGCUUCUACUCUGGCAGUGGACGAGAACAGGAGGAUUGUUGUUGCCGAUUCAGCAAAUAGAUGCAUUCACGUUAUCUCACUUGAUACAGGUCAGUCGUUCAAGUUUGGUUCGUUUGGUGACAGUAAUGGAGAACUAAGCUACCCGUGUUACGUGGCUGUUAAUCCACAAGGACACAUUAUCGUCUCGGAUAUGCAUAGCCAUCGUAUUCAGAUUUUCGACUCGCGUGGUCGGUUUUUAUUCAAUUUCGGUCGCAAAGGAAGUCAAGACGGCGAGCUUCUUCGACCAACGGGUGUGGCUGUCACUCAAAAUGGCAACAUCAUCGUAGCAGAUCGCGACAACCAUCGCAUACAGAUUUUCUCGAGUGACGGCCGUUUCAUUUCUAAAUUUGGCAGCAAAGGAGAUGGGGAGGGUCAACUGAAUGACCCACAUGGCCUUGCGCUUACGCCUGAAGGAAACAUUUGCGUGGCUGAUUUUAGAAAUAACCGGGUACAGAUUAUACCAAUUCGUUGAAAACUGGCCCCCUACUAGAAGACUUGAAAUCCUACAAGAUAUGUAUUAUAAAUUGUGUCCAAGUGUGAUGACCAUUAGAAGACUUCAAAUCGUACAACUGAGAUAUGUGUAUUUAUACAAUAUGUGUAUAAAUUGUCUCCAAGUAUAAUAAUGGCGAUGAAAGGUGGUUGAAAUCGUUCAAGGUUGUUCAAGAUUUUUCGUAGCUUUGAGUUAUUUUCCAAUUUGAGAAGAGGACUACAGUUCCCAGUAGUGAGGAUUGUGGAAACGAAAGUGAAGAUUUUCGAGAAUUUCAAUAAAAGCUGGGUUACAAUCUAA